AUGACAUUUAUCAAGCUUGCCGACUAUCUCUUUACUCGCUUGCGCCAGCUUGGCGUCGGUUCCAUCCACGGUAUCCCCGGCGGGUUCAACUUUGAUUUGCAAAUUACAUCCAGCCAUCAGGGCUACGAUGGGCCGGCAACACCAACAAGUUGA